AGAGCAGAGGACUUGCUGUGACGCGUAGUUCUGUGGAGUGUGCAGCUGGAGCCUGCUGUCAGCUCUCAGAUUGAGUUCGACUUCUGCUGCCAGGCUACUAGCACUGUUGAGCUCAAUACAGAGACGCAUACCUAGUCGUUUAAGUGUUGUUUUACGUUCACCAUACCCGGGAGUUUUUGAGCUGUUUGACUUCAAUGUUUUCUAUCCAGUGAUCCAAAAAGACGUGGGACGAAAAUAGAAGCUAACGUUGGUUAGCUAGCAAAUGUUAGCUUACCAACGCAAUGGCCAUGAGACGUGUCCCAGGUGAUGUAGGGCAGCAGUGCCUGUAGAGCUCAAGAUGACUGAAAUCCAGGCCACAGUGGAGUUUUCUGUGGAGCUCCACAAAUUUUACAAUGUGGACCUGUUUCAAAGAGGAUUCUACCAGAUCCGUGGUAGCAUCAAGAUGCCUCCCAGAGUCCCGCACAAAGUUGAGGCCAGUCUUCUACAUCCAGGCGGUUCUGAUCUGGCAUUUCCAGCCUCAGUGCAAGAUGAUGUAAUCAGCAGUAAAACAUUCCAAAUUCUGUACAAGAAUGAGGAGGUGGUGGUUAAUGAUGUUCUCCUAUUUAAAGUCAUGAUGCUUCUGGAUGAAAAGAAGGUGGAGGAAACCUUGAAUGAAAUGGAUUUUCAGCUCUUUUUGGAUUUGUACUUUACAGAUGGAGAUUACACACCUGAUGAUCCAAACUCUUUGCAAAAUAUUAGUGGACGUUCCCUUCGUUUGCACUUUAGCCUUCAGAAAGGCAUCCAUCAACACAUAAAUGUCAUGUUUGACUAUUUCCACCUCUCUGUCAUUUCUGUUGCCAUUCACGGCUCUCUUGUGGCGCUACACCAGCCUCUUGUCAGUUUCCCUCGACCGGUGAAAUCCACAUGGCUGAACCGCAAUGCCCCAGCUCAGAGCAAAGACUCGGUGAUCCCACCUCUUGAAAAUGUGGUCUUUGGAAGCAGCUAUGUGAAACAGGUGUCUCCAGAUAGUCGAACUUUUGUGAUCUCUGAUCACUGUCUUCAGCACGCCUACGGUCUACACCAAAACCUCUGCUCCAGUCUGUUAGCUGCCUACCAAGGUCUUUUUGGGUACUUCACCAAUAUCACCAAGGACCUGCCUUCCUCCCAUCUUAUAGAAUUAGCCAAACCCAGCAUGCAAGUCCUUUAUGAGCGAGUUCUCAGAAGACCCUAUCCCCGAAGUCAAAGACACGUCUACAUAGAACAACAUGACUUAGCAGCACGUUUAGCUGAUUUAUGUGAACAAAUCAAGACAAAAGCUGAAUCCCCUGAUGAACUGGCUGAAUUGGUGAAUAUGAACUUGGCCCAGCUAUGCUCACUGCUGAUGGCGCUUUGGGGUCAGUUUUUAGAGGUGGUUUCUCUCCAAGAACAUGUUGCUGCUAUAUUGUCUAUGGAACAUCAUACACUAAGAGUUAGACGGUUUGCUGAGGCUUUCUUUUGUUUGGAACACCCCAGACAAUCUGCUCUGGCUUAUCAGGAGCUUCAUGCGCACAGUCACCAGCAAAUGACUAACGCAAUCAAAAGCUCUAGCUAUUUUCUGUCCCUGCCGCCACUUCCUGUAGAAUGUGUGGAUCUAGACGGUGACGUCAACUCCUUGCCAAUAAUUUUUGAGGACAGAUAUCUUGAUUCUGUCAUUGAAGAUCGAGAUGGACCUUGGCUAGGCAUGAACAAUACUCGCAGUGGUUCAGUGUCUGGUAAAGGUGAAAAGUCCAACUUUAAAGAUUCUAUGGCUGUGGCGAGCCCUGUACCCGAGUCACGGUGCAGCCCAGAAGACACCACCUGGCCAGACUAUGAUCCUCCUCCUAAAUCCAAAGGAAAGUCGGUCAAAACAAAGAAAUUAUCUAAGACUGAAAGCUCUAAAAAGCUAAUUAGACAAAGCUCAAAGGACUCUGUGGUUCUUGUUGGAUAUAAGAACCUUAAAGCCCCAUUUAGUGAAACCAAACAAAAGGAGAGAGAUGGUCCUCCUAACCUGGAGGAAGACAAGAGUACUGCCCAAGCAGACCCAAGUAGCUGUGUAAAGACUAGUGACAUUUCAGGUGCCACGACAGCACCUGUUGUGAAAAGUGCUGUGAAAUCUGUCUCUGAAGACAAUGAUGAUUUGAAUGCAUGUGACAAAGAGGUCUUAAAGAACACUACAAACUCUGAUGCACAGAAUAAUCCCCAGGCAGGUACUGGGGCUUUAACAUGCAACCAAUCGUCAACCAAAGGCCAAGUGGACACCUCACAGUGGUCUGGAAUCAAGCAGAUAGAGGUGAAACCAAGUAACAAGGACCCAUACCAGGGAGACAAAGUCACUGUUAUACUACCUUGUAGGACUGAAAGGACUUGUAGCAGCAAUAUUUCUGAUAUUAGUGAGACAACUCUCUGUGACUCUCCAUUGGACUCUGUUUUUGCCAAUGAGCCACCAUGUAAUAGCCAGUCUUGUUUGGUUUCAGUACAAGUGAAAAGUGAAUGUAUUAGGCUGCCUGAUGUCCGAGCCCCCAGUGCCUCCUCCCGCCUAUCUGACUCUGGGAUUGAGAGUGAGCCGAGUUCUUUUGCUCAAUUUACUCCAGGCCCACAAACUGCAUUAGGACAAGGCACUUCAGAGCCAGCUACACCUUUUCACCAAACAGAGAAAGCAGUUUUGAGUCCUCCACUACGCUUUGUUCAGCAAAUUGCACAGAAGCCAGGUUUCCCUGGUACCACAGAACUUCUAAACCCUGAGAACACCAGUGUGGUCAGUGGGGUGCAGUCCUCUCUCACCUCUAUCACAUCUUUACCCUCAGAUGAGGACGGCGAUGGCUCUUCCAGAGAGUCCAGUGGAGCAGAUACCCGUGGAAGGAAGUCAAGUGUACUGGUGCAGGAACAGAGUUUGGUUUUCUCUGGAGCUAACACUAGCCAGACUAGCCCUGUGACAACUGACUCACUAUUUUCUAAACCUACUUGUGAUUUUGACCCUACAGACUCUAAAUUAUUAGGUUUUUCAGAAUUUAGCAUAGACAGUGUCACUCAACCUGAGGGUAAAGAAUCCCGUAGUGAAGCUCACACAGCCUGUCCAUCGAGUAACUCUGCCACAAGCAGCACUGACAUGGUGAAGCGCGGAAUGGUGGAGAACUACUUUGGAUCAUGCUCAAGUACUGAUGUGUCUGAGAUUAGCCCCAUAGAAACAUCUGCUAUUACUUUAGGGAUUCAAGCUGGAACUCAGCUUGAAGAUGACGAGGACGAGCCGGAGAGCGAUAUGAUUGAGAAUGGUUAUUAUGAAGCGGGGGAUGGCUAUGCUUUUCUGAAUGGUGUCACAGAUGAGGAGCAAAAUGAAAAUGCUAGUGCUUCUGCUCAGGAGACGAAUUUUUUGUUUGAACAUCAUAGUUAUCACCACAACACAAGUGAGUUCUCAACACUUCCAGUCUGUUCAAAUUUGGCUUCUCACUCUUCUGGACGCAGCUCGGGAAGACCUUUUUGUGCCUCCUCAAUUUCUUCUAGCCUGAAGUGGUAUGAAUGUGCCUCGACGCCACAGAUGAAAGCGUUCAUCAAGGCUAAAGAGGAAAUGAAGCAGCUAAAACUACCUGGCUUCUUGUACAGUGAAGUGCCUGAGUUGGCAUCGACUGUGCCGUACUUCAGUUUAGAGGAGGAUGAGAGCUGCACUGAGGGCAUACACCUCAUAGUCUGUGUGCAUGGGUUGGAUGGUAACAGUGCAGAUCUUAGACUGGUCAAAACUUACCUAGAGCUUGGACUCCCAGGUGCACGUAUAGACUUUCUCAUGUCUGAAAGAAACCAGAAUGACACCUUUGCUGACUUUGAAUCCAUGACAGACCGGCUACUGGAUGAAAUAGUUCAGUAUAUCCAGAUUUACAAUCUCACUGUAUCCAAGAUAAGCUUUGUGGGUCACUCCUUGGGGAACCUCAUUGUUCGCUCUGUGUUGACCCGUCCAAGAUUUAAAUGCUACUUGAGCAGGCUGCACACUUUUCUUUCACUUUCUGGACCUCACCUCGGCACUUUGUACAACAGCUCUGCUUUAGUCAAUACAGGCCUUUGGUUUAUGCAGAAAUGGAAGAAGUCUGGAUCACUUCUGCAGCUCACAUGUCGGGAUCACUCUGAUCCUCGCCAAACAUUCCUCUACAAGCUCAGCAAAAAAUCGGGCCUACAGUUUUUCAAGAAUGUAGUGCUGGUGGGCUCUCUGCAGGAUCGUUAUGUGCCAUAUCAUUCUGCACGCAUAGAGAUGUGCAAAACUGCAUUGAAGGACAAACAGACGGGCCCCGUUUAUGCUGAGAUGAUUGAGAACCUGCUGCUCCCUGUACUUCAGAACAAAGACUGUAAUCUUGUGCGAUACGAUGUCAUUCAUGCCCUGCCCAACACAGCCAACUCUCUUAUCGGUCGGGCUGCUCACAUCGCCGUCCUGGAUUCUGAGAUCUUCCUGGAGAAGUUCUUCCUGGUUGCAGGCCUUAAGUUCUUUCAGUGAAACUUGCAUCAGAAGAAAAAAUGGAGAAAAGACCGGAAGCCAAUACCUCACUACAUAUGAACCUCUCUGAUUAAGGUCUGGAUCACCCCUACGGUUUUAAAUGCAAAUACUUUUUAAUACUUAUGGUGGAGGAGGACUUUUGUUGGUGGUUUAAACAAAAAUCACCAUGCACAUGGCGUUCACUUUUUAUUUUUUUAACUGCCAUUUUAAGUUAUUCUGAGAGGUAUACUUGUUUUAAAACAAUGUUUUUGUUGUUGUCUAAUAUUUCAUUUGUAAUUACUAACAAUGUUAUUCAAUUAUUUUACAUGCUAAACUGGAAAUGUAGCUGCUACUACAAAGUAAAAUUACUGUUUUGGUGAGCUUUCCCAAGUCAGUCUGCACAUAAUUUUCUCUUCAUUGCAAAUGUUACAUACUUAUAAGACACUGCAUUAUUUGCACCACAACUACAUUUUACAAGGUUUUGUAACAAAAUAUUAAUUUGUUACUUUUUUAAUCAACAGUUUUACAUCAGUACUAAUGUCAUUUUAAAAUUGAAAUUACUGUUGCUUGGACUUGGCGUCUUUAACUUUGGUGGUAACACUUGAUGCUGUUUUUGCCAUCGCAGCAUUCUGCACAACAUUUACCCAACCUGGUGUCGGGGUAAAAAAAAAAAGCUUUGCCUACAACAUGACAAUUUAUUACAGGGGUUUCAAUCACAUUUCUUGACUGCAAAAAAGCACAUUAUUGUAAGAUGAACUUGUUUUAUUCAGUAUUUGCUUGGUAACUUGGUGAUUAUUUAUGUCAUUUAACUGGAAAGUAUUGCCUAAAAACAAAAAUGGAUCGUGGCGGAUGUUUAUAUGAGUCAUUUUACUCUUAUCAUUAAAAAUGUAUUUCAUGAAAA